AUGUUUGGGGCGCUCACGACCAUGCUUUGGGGCGGCGACGGCGAAGAUCGCGUCGAGGAUACCGCACCGGUCGCCGUCGUCCGGGAGGACGAGGCCGGGGCGUCGGCGUCGGAGUCCGGUGGCGCGGCGCGCGAGGCGAAGAAGGAUGACGCGAAGAAGGAGGAUGGGAAGAAGGAGGAUGGGAAGGACGGGGCGGAGGGCGAGGAGGGCAAGGAGGGCAAGGAGGGCAAGGAGGAGGAGGAAGAAGAGGAGGAGUGCGGUUUCUGCAGGUUCAUGAAAGGCGGAUCGUGCAAGGCCACCUUCGUCGCGUGGGAGGACUGCGUCGACGCCGCCAAGGACGCCAAGGAGGACUUCGUCGAAAAAUGCGCGGCGCAGACCGCCGCGCUCAGGGACUGCAUGAUCGCCAACCCGGGGUACUACGGCGACAUGCUGGAGGGCGCCGGCGAGGACGACGACGGGGACGAUCAGCUGGACGAUCAGCUGGACGAUCCCAUCGACGGCGAGAAGGAGGAGGAGGGCGAACCCAAGCAGGGCAAGAAGCAAGCCUCGGCUUCAUCGUAA